AUGCGGCGCGCGACGAAGGCCGCCGAAAUUAUACCCCCGAGAGCCUACGAUUUCGAGCGGCAUCUCGCCUACGAGGCGCAGCCCACGGCGCCGCGCACGGACGCGACGACGCCGAAGGACGCGCUCGCCCGGGCGCUCGACGCGUGCCCGCCGGACCAGGAACCCGUCGUCCUCUACGCCUGCGGGUCGCUGCUGCCCAUCCACCUCGAGCACGUCGCGAACCUCGAACGGGCCAAAGCCCACGCGGAGCGGAGAGGAUUCCGCGUCGUCGGCGGCUACGUGGCGACGUCGAACGACCUCUACGUGCGACGGAAGUACGCGGAACAGAAGAGGCUCCGCGAUUUUUUGCCGCACGCGGCGCGGCGCGAGCUCAUCGGCCUCGCGCUCGAGGACCACGGCUGGCUGCGCCUCGACGCCUGGGACGGCGAGCCCCAGAAGCGCUUCGUCGAGUUCUGGGCCGCGCAGGCGUCGCUCGCGGCGCACCUCGACGCCUGGUGCGACGCGACGGGCAGGCGCCGCGUCGCGGUCGUCGGCGUCCACGGGUCGGACCUCGCGAACAAGUGCCGGAUCGUCGACAUGUUCCGGCGGCUGCGGCUGCGGUGCUGCAUCGUCGAGCGGCCGAACGCGCCGCUCGAGCGCCCGCCGGACGGCGACAGCGACUGCUGGGUCCUCCCCGGGGGGCUGUCGCGGAACCUGUCCUCGACGGACGCCCAGCGCCUCCUCCGGGAGGGCCGCAGCCUCGACGGCACGCUCCACCCGAACGUCGCGCGGCGCUUCCGGGAGCUGCUCGGCGAGGGCGGCUAA